UCCUUAAUGUGCUAAAAACCUCUCUAUUCUCUUUGAUAUUAGUACACCAGAUCAACGGUCCAUAUUCCAGCAAUCAGUACUACACGAAAUCUCUCUAACACUCCGAAUUCCAACCCUCUCUCCCUCCACACUCCAGAAGAAGAAGAAAAGGAAAGAGAGCUUUCCAAGCUCUGUGUUUGUUGUCUCAAAUGUCAAAGAGAAAGCCAAACAAAAACAAAGGACCCGCUAUCAUCGACCUGGACCUCGACUCUUCCGACCUCGACUCUCCAAUUUCAGAGCUUUUCAGACAUGAGGUGUCAACACAUCGCUCGUGUUGGAGGCACGUCUUCGCCUAUUUGAUAGUUCAAAAAAAGAAAUUAGCCCUAAAAGAUAUUGAACUGAUAAAGAAGAGAUACCCGUGCCUUUUAGAAUUCCCUUGCCGCUUCCAUCGUGGUGAGAGAUUGAAGAGGAAAGGGAAAAGAGAAUAUACGAAAGAACUGAGACCACCCAAGGAUGCCAAGCAUGCAGUCUCAAGAAAAAAAGAAAAGCUAGACUCUCAAGCAUUUGAUAGUAAAGAAAAGCUAGGCUCUGAAGCAUUUGAUCGUUACUUUCAGAACUUAUGGAAGAAUUUAUCAGAGGAUAAGAGGACUUCUUUCACGUACCUUGACUGUAUGUGGUUUAGCUUGUACUUGCAACCAUCCUCCAGAGACAAGGUGCUGACCUGGAUUAAGAAGAAGCAUAUUUUCUCAAAGAAAUAUGUCAUUGUUCCUAUCGUUUGCUGGAGUCACUGGAACCUAUUAAUCUUUUGCCAUUUUGGUGAGAGUGAGCAAUCAGAAACCCAUAAACCAUGCAUGUUGUUGCUUGAUUCUCUUGAAAACGCAGAUCCAAGGCGGUAUGAACCAGAUAUAAGAAGAUUUGUACUAGACAUUUAUAAAGCAGAGGGCAGGUCCGAGACCAAAGAUUUUAUCUAUCGAAUUCCUUUCUUGGUUCCAAAGGUGCCACAACAGAGAAAUGAUGUAGAAUGCGGUAACUUUGUUCUCUACUACAUCAAUUUGUUCAUUGAGGGUGCUCCUGAGAAUUUCAGCAUUGAGGGCGGCUACCCAUACUUUAUGACAAAAAAUUGGUUUACCCCUGAAGGCUUGGAGUGUUUCUGCCAGCAACUAUAUUCCUCUUCAGAGUGAUGUGCAUAUACUUAACAGUGAAGGGAAAGUCCAUAGGUUUUUGUUGACUUGAUGUAAAUGUUCUUGUAGAUUGGGUCAGCCGAUCAUAGUGCCUAAGUGAAUGAGAUAUAUCAAGGUAAUGUAGGUAUAAUGUUGGUUCCCUAGGAUGAUUAAGCGCCACAGUAGAAGCGUAUAUUGAGAAACCUUUGGUUAGUGAGAAAGAAAAGCCUCAAAAUUAUAGAUGCUGGCUCCCUUUUGACUGGCCUGUAUUUUGCUUAGAGAUUUGAUGUAGCUAAUUGCGACUGCAACUUAGAGCUGUCACUAAAAUGUUAGUUUACUCUUGAUUUCCCUAAACUUGUUGCUAAUUACAAUUUAGCCUUGAUAA